UGGGGGAUUUCGAAAGGUUUGUCUAGUAUUUCAAACAUCGGAUAUCUAAAAACUAGAAAACUUUAACCGACACGACUUGUACAGCAAUACAAAUGCAGAACAACUCUUUGUGUUUGAAAUUAAAAUAAGCAUUCAUGUCCAGUAUUUUCAUUGCGAAAUACUAUAACAACUUAGAAAAAAUAAAAAAGAAAAAAAAAGAAAAAGAAAGAAAGAGCCUCGGUUUGUGCUAUGGGGCAUCUUGGCGACCAAAUGGUAAUAAAACCCAAUAUGGUCGGUACGUAUACCCCAGGCUCUUCGUAGUGGUGGAUGAAACCAUAAGUAAACUGAACCAAUGGAAAGCAGCGGAAAAUUGGAACUCAUCCAUAAAAAUGGCAACCUCCCCUCACAAUUUCACGAGUACCAUCCUCUCUCUCUUGCAAGGAUGCAACAGCAUGAAAAAACUACAAAAGAUACACACUCAAAUUAUCGUUAAUGGCUUCGAAAACCAUCUUUCUCUCUCUACAAAACUCCUCAACUUCUGUGCUGUUUCGGCAGCCGGAAGCUUAUCCUACGCCCGCCUAGUCUUCUCUCACAUGAAAGACCCAGGAACUCAAGCCUAUAACUCCAUGAUAAGAGCUCUUUCUCACUCUUCUUCACCAUUAGAAUCUCUCUCUCUCUACAACACAAUGCAUAGCCACUCUCUCUCUCCUGAUAAUUUUACCUUCACAUUUUUGCUCAAGGCCUGCGGUAGAGCAGGUGCAAAGAAAAAGUGCAGAGAGGCGCAUGGAACAAUUUUGAAACUUGGGUUCCUAUCAAAUACCAUAAUUCAAACCAAUUUGUUGAAAUCUUAUGCUGACAAUGAAGAGAUCCAAACAGCAAGACAAUUGUUCGAUGAAAUGAUCCAUAGAGAUUUAGUGGCUUGGAAUGCUAUGAUUGCAUGCUAUGGCCAUCUUGGACUUCACUCUGAUGCUUUGAAACUCUAUGACAUAAUGAGAGAUUUUGAGCAAACACCUGAUGAAUUCACCGUUGUUAGCCUUCUCUCUUCUUGUGCACACACUGGUGCGCUGAGUCUUGGUUCAAAAUUACAUGAAUUUGCAGCGAGAAAUGGGUUGCUUCGAAGAAAUGUGUUUGUGGGUAAUGCGCUGAUUGAUAUGUAUGCAAGAGCAGGAAGCAUGGAAGAUGCUCAGCGUGUUUUUGAUCGGAUGCCCAUGCGUGAUGCCUUCACAUACAAUUCCAUGAUCAUCGGGCUAGGCAUCCAUGGCCAUGGCCAUGAAGCCAUCAAGCUCUUCAGACAUAUGGGUUUAGCUGGACUAAAGCCAAAUUCUAUCACUUUUAUUGGCUUGUUAAGUGGGUGCAGCCAUCAAGGUCUGAUCGAUGAAGGGGCCGGAAUUUUUGCUAGAAUGAAUCCAAUUUUUGGGGUUCGACCUGAUAUUAAGCAUUACAAUUGCAUGGUUGAUUUAUAUGGACGAGCAGGCAAACUUGAUGAGGCUCGAGAGUUGAUAGAGAAAGCCUCAAAUGAGUCUCACAAAUCAAUAGAACACGCCUCAGAGGAGGCUGAUCCUGUUCUAUGGCGAACGUUGCUCGGGGCUUGUAGAAUUCAUGGAAAUUUUAAGAUGGGUGAGCUUGUUUUUCAAGAACUUGUUAAGAGAAAAGCAUAUAAUGCUGGUGAUUGUGUACUUCUUGCUGGAAUUUACACGUCUAUCGGGAAAUUUGAAGAAGCAGCAAGAAUGAGGAAGAUGAUCAAAGACCAGGGAAUCAAGACUUUGCCUGGUUGGAGCUGGAUUGAUGUGGCCGGGGAAGUUCGUAGGUUCAUGGCCGACGAUUUCUCUCACUAUGAUUCGGAAGAGAUUCAUAGAAUGGUGGGGAUAAUGAUGGAGAGGGUCCAGAGAGAAGGCUACAGAGAAGAGAACUCUAUGGCUGGGGCGAAGGAUACUGAGGAGGGAUGGUUUGAGAGUCCUUUGUCUAAUCAUAGUGAGAAGUUAGCGAUGGCUUUUGGGUUGUUGAGAACAGGGGAAGGAUUGCCUCUCAGGAUAGUGAAGAACUUGAGGGUGUGUAGGGAUUGUCACACUUUAACUAAGUUUGUAUCGAAAGCCUUUGGUAGAGAGAUUACAGUGAGAGAUCGGGUUCGUUUCCACCAUUUUAGAGAUGGGGUUUGCUCUUGCAAGGAUUAUUGGUGAAUUUUGUGUCAUAAUAUCUUAUUUUUAGCUCUUAUCAUGGAUAUAAUUGAGCCUAGACUGCUUUCGAAAAGGGUGGUUGAAUUCUAAACAUAAAGUUUAAGCAUCAAUGGCAAGAAGAAUGGGAGUUCUAACUUUAAGGAGAA